AUGGUUUAUAUAAUCUAUCAUAUUCUUCUCAUAAUUGUUUCAGUAACAAUUGUAAGAACAAAACCAUGUAAUAUACUAGAAGACAUGUCAUGUGAAUGUCAUUCAUCAUCAAAUAAUGAAACUGAACAAUUAAAUUGUGAGAAUCAUCAUAAACCAAUAAGUACACCAAUUCAAUUAACAAAUACAACAUUACAAAAUCCACGUUCAUUUGAUUCAUUUCAUUUAACAUUUCAUGCACAAGAAUUUAAUAUAAGUGCAACAUUUAUUAAUCAAUUAUCUUAUUUAUUUCCACGUGCAUCACCAUCACCAUCAUCAUCAUCAUCAUCAUUGGUUCGAGGAAUACAACAAAGAACAAUUAAAAUUAUUUUAACAUUUCAAGAUUAUCGUCAAUUACAUUUUGAAGAUUAUUCAUUUUAUGAAUUAUUUGGUGAAAGACCUGGAUAUACAACAAGUCUUUCAUUAGAAUUAACAGCUAAUGGACAUGUUACAUUUUCACCAAUGGCAUUUAAUCAUUUAACUGUUGAUCGAAUGUCUUUACAUAGUUCAUCAUUAGAACCAUAUUCAUUUGAAGAAAUUUUUAAUCAUACAAAAAUUGGUAGUUUAUCUGUUGAAGGUUGUACACCUCGAAAUAAUAAUACAUUAGGUAGAUAUUUUAAAGGUAAUAUUCGUUCAGCAAAAUUUACAAAAAUGGCUGAACUUGUUUCAAGUGAAGAAUUUCCUAAAUAUCCCGUUAGCUCAAUGAUUAUUGAAGCACAUGAACCAAGAAAAAUGAAUGCAUCAACAUUUAAUAAUUAUUAUAAUUUAAAUGGUGUUAAUUUAGUUCGACCAAAAUUUUUUUUUGAUAAUAAAUCAUUUGAUGGUUUUCAAUAUUUAGAAAAUCUUGAAGCAAUUGAACUUGAUGCUGAAACAAUAAAAGAUAAUACAUUUCAACAUGUAAAUCGUAUUCGUUUUUUUACACUUGGACAAAAUAUUCGUUAUUUAUCUGAACAUUCACUUGAUCAUUUAGAUUAUUUAACACGUUUUGAUGUAUCAAAAGUUGUUCUUGAUCAAUUAUAUCCAACAUCAAAAUGUGUUUUAGCACGUUAUUUACAAAAACAACAAAAAUCUAAUCCAGCUAUGAUUAUUCUUCCACCACAAGCAGAAUUUUGCGAUUGUGUUUAUGAUUUUAUAUUAAAUCUUAUAAAUAAAAAGCCAGAACAAUCAUAUACAGAUUUAUGUCAAAAUACUCAACAAGAACGUUGUCAAUUAAGUGAAUGUGAUGUUGUUAAAAAUUUUCAUGUACCAUUAAAAGAAAAUAAAAUAGAUCAAUAUUUGGUUCCAUCAAUUGAUGAAAGUAUUAUUGAUACACCAAUAUCGUUUUAUCCAAUUGAUGAUCAAACAACAACAACAACAAGAGCAACAACUACAAUAGCAACAACAACAACAACAAUUCAAUAUCAACCAAUUCAAUAUCAACCAGUUCCAUAUCAACCAAUUCAACAUCAACCAGUUCAUAUUCCUCAACAUCAACCAGUUCAUAUUCCUCGACAUCCACCUGUUUAUCAUAAUUCUCAACCAGAUGAUGAUAAUUAUGAUCCAAAUGGUUCAUCUUUUGCAGAUACACAGGGUUCACAUGCAUCGUCAUUCAAAGUCAAUAAACCAAUAGAUCCAAAUGCAAUACCAACAGAUGAUAAUGAUGAAAAUAUAGAUUCACCACCAAAAAUUCAUAAAUCUCAAACUUUACAUGAUAUUAAUGAUGAAUUUCAUCAAAUUGCUAAAAAAAAUAAAACAUUAAAAUGGAUAUCAUUAUCAUUAGUAGGUAUUACUGUCUUCAGUAUUCUUCUUGUUGGUACAAUAAUAUGGUUUUUUACUUAUCAUUCACCUAAAACACAAAAUAAAGCCAAAUUUCAACGUGUUCCACCAGCUAGUUCAAAUGUUUAA